GCAAAGUUACUUGAUGGCUGCCAGGCAGCAGACAGCUAACUGUGGCUGUAAAGGCAUCCGAACGUGUCUGAAAUGUGAGGCAAAUGAGAACAAGCGACAUCUGCUGAAUAAGAAAGACUCGGUACGUUAUGAUUUUACCUACGAUCCGGAAUCAAAACUGGCAGUGCCAGAUGGCGGUAACAUUCAGCAGGCUUUUCCAUUCCCUGGUGUGUUCCUCUGGGAGAACUUUAUCUCUGAGGAUGAGGAAACAGAGCUGGUUGCAAAAAUGGACCAAGAAGUCUGGAAAGAGUCUCAGUCUGGUCGGUGUAAACAGGACUUUGGACCGAAGGUAAACUUCAAAAAGCGCCGUAUACGCCUUGGGGGAUUCAGUGGCCUGCCUGCAACCAGUCAUAAGCUUGUGGACAGAAUGACCAGAGAGCCACUGCUGGCUGAUUUCCACCCGGUAGAGCAGUGCAACCUGGAGUACUGCCCCGAACGCGGCUCUGCCAUCGACCCUCAUCUGGAUGACAGCUGGCUGUGGGGGGAGCGCCUGGUGACUCUCAAUCUCCUCUCUGACACCGUGAUCACCAUGAGCUUAGACCAGGGCUGGGGGGACAUGGACCGAGGCGAGGUCAGGGUGGCUGUAAAUAUGCCUCGGCGGUCUUUAUUUGUGCUGUACGGUGAGGCGCGCCACCGGUGGAAACACGCCAUUCGCCGGGAACACGUUCACGACAGGAGAGUGUGCAGUACCUUCAGAGAGCUGACUGCUGAGUUUCUGCAUGGUGGACAGCAGGAGAAGCUGGGAUCAGAGCUGCUGGAUGUAGCGUCGAGUUUUAAAGGUGUUCCUUUGUAGAAAUGGUUUCGUGUUGGGUUAUUUAUGGAUGAACUGGAUGAAUUCAGUAUACCCCAGUGUUUGGUUUUAAACAUGAAAAGUCUGUUUAUUUGCUUGAGAUGAUAUUCAGUCUUGUCUCGUAGUCAUGUGUGUGUAUGGUGUGAGCAAAUCUGUGGUUUAAAAAAAAAAAUUCUCAAUAAAGAGCGACAUGGGGGAAAAAUGUAGUAAUAAUACAGUGGAAAAGGAAAUGUAUUUAAAAGUUCUGACUGCAAAGUUGAAUUCUGGGCAAAAUGUUCUAUUUCAAUAGCUGUUCGAGGUUCAGGAUGUUUUUGCUGCUACACACACACACACACACACACACCGUAUAUCCUAUGUGUGAAUGUUUUGCCAAGAUAAAAAGCGUCCCACAUUUUACGAUUCCGGAGAGCGCCGAAGCAAGUGAGAAACAAUAUCACGUGACCACCGGUUGGGGCAUGUUUGACCAACUUUUAACCAAAACAAGUCGGACUCGGCUGUCCCACCAGCGGAAAAGAAAAGGGAAGUCUGUCUAGUGAGUGCAACUGCAAGAUAGAACAAGGUUAGAUGACGCGUCAUUUUUCUGGACAGAUAAUUAAAUCAUUCUAGCUAGCGCUUAGCUAUCUUAGCCUCAGAAUGCACGGGCUCGACUCCAUGGUAGCAAGUAUAGAGUUAUACACCUAAUGUUUUGAUCUUACAGAGAAAGAAACGAUAACACAAAAGCAGUAACAGAGAAAAGAUAUAAAUAUUUGUCUUUUGUGUCAUGGAUCUAUUCACGAAUGUCAACCGCAGAUUACAUCCCUGCGACUCGAAACUCUCCGAGGUUGAUGCAGAGGCAUGAUGUUUUCUUGGUGGCGUCGCCAUCUUGGUGUGAUGCAGUUCCAUGGUUAUGCGUUCGGCUGUUUCCAUAGGGCCGUACUGUUUACCUCAAGACAGGCUUGUAGUACUUGAAUCCGACUCAUGCCCUAAUUUUAAGGACUUGUGACUUGACUCGGACUCGUGCAUCAACUGCGUUCAGACUCGGAAUUUUUCUUUAUUUUUUUGUAACAUGCCAUAAUAAUUUGGCGUAAGAUAUUUAUAUCGGCAUUCAUUUUUAUACUAAUUUUGUGCAAGAGAAUGCACAUUCACCUGUUCAUACAUCACGUUCAGGAACAAACUAACGUUAACGGCGCUAAAAUGCCUGGAGAGAAGCCCCUAGGAUUGUCCGAUUUGCUUCUACAGACUUCUCGUGCAGUGGGAAAAAAUGCUGUGUGUUCCAUGUGUAGAAGAACUAUCGAGGAGACGACGGGGACAACCUCGAACUUCAGUCUUCAUUUGGUAAGACUCCACCCAGAGAAGGAAGUGACAUGCUAUGUCCAUUGCUCUGUUGAUAGUGGGUGGGGCUUGCUGAGCGAUGAACCUCAUCUCAUCUCAUUAUCUCUAGCCGCUUUAUCCUGUUCUACAGGGUCGCAGGCAAGCUGGAGCCUAUCCCAGCUGACUA